GCUGGUUGUUCAUCGUGAUAAUUCAUUGUGAUCUUGAACAAUAUUUUUUUUUUGUAUUAAUAUUCAACUAAUCAUCUAGUUGUUAUACUAGGUGAGAAAGUUUGAUCGACUAACUGGAGUCAUGUUUCAUUGAUGAAAUCUAGAUGAGUGAUAUGUGAUCAAUAAUUGGCUUAACUGGGAUCAUGUAUGAGCAGUUUGUCUGCAUUUAUAAUUUGUGAAAGGUAACCUGGUCUAUUUUAUUUGUCACGACAACUAUUAAUAUCCCUUGAUGUGAGUUCAUUAAUUUAGAAUGCAUAGGAAUAAGUCUAUGUGCUAUGCGCUAGAAAUUUGAGGUAUAAUUGUCAAAAUCACCGUCAUCUAUUACAAGGUUCACUAUCUUGGUAUUGGAUCUCGUACUGAUACCAUUCUAUUACAAUAUUAUACGUAGUAUGGUACGAGACAACGAGAUGUACCGAUUUAGUACCGCUAUGGUUCAGUACAUCCGAUACAGUAUGGUACCGAUAUGUAUGGUAAAUUUUCAUCUAUUCAAUUAGCCCGUUAAUUUCCGCCUUACAAGAAUUAGAAAUAGCCCAUAAACCCUUGCACCAUGUACAUCAAGCCACGUAAUUCUUCAACUCAAGUUAAAAAGAUGGGAGAUGAGGAGUUCACGAAAGGCCGGUUCAGCCAUGCCCCGGUCCAUGAAAGACCCAUACCCGACCCGAUAAGAUGAUGGGCAUGUUGUUCUUUGGAUACAGAACCACUUCUAAAUCCCGUUGCCGACUCCAGAACAGACCAGACCAGAAAAUCCAACAAUUUGAUGGUCAGGAUCUUCUGAUCCACAUGUCCGACCAUCGAAACGAACUGUAUACAAACCAAAAGAAAUAAGAGGCCAAGUCCAAAUAGAUCAAUUAGCCUCUCUCCCUCUCUCUCUCUCUCUCUCUCUCCGUUCUCCCUCUUUUAUAGUUUCUCUUAUGUCGUCCCUCUCCGCUUCUCUCCGCCUCUUCUCCCCCAAACUCCCCCAAACCUUCCCCAAAUCCCCCUUCUUCCCUUCCAAACCAUUUCUCAUCUUCUCCUCCUCCAUCUCCUUCCAACGCCUCCCUAAAUCCCCUCUUUCCGAGCCCCUCAGAGCCCAGCAGCGAGAGGCCGAGGUCGACCUCUGCGUGCUCCCCCCCAGAUUGCAAGAGAUCAUCGUCCUCUUCCAGUCUGUCCCGGAACCCAAGGCCAAGUACCAACAGCUCCUCCACUACGGCGCCCAGCUCCCCCCUCUCGACCCCCGCUUCAAGACCGACGACCAGCGCGUCCGCGGCUGCGUCUCCCAGGUGUGGGUCCGCGCCUUCCGCGACGCCGACGACCCCGCCGCCGUCCGCUUCGAGGCCGACUCCGACUCCGCCCUCACCAAGGGGCUCGCCGCGCUCCUUGUCUUCGGCCUCUCCGGCUCCCUCGCCCCCGUCAUCGCCUCGGUCCCGCCCGGCUUCGUUCACCUGCUCGGCCUCCAGCAGAGCCUUACGCCCUCCAGGAAUAACGGGUUCCUGAACAUGCUCAAGCUCAUGCAGCAGAAGGCCCUCCAGCUCUAUUCCCAGGUCGGUAAUUCGGAAAUUAACGGGGUUUCAGAAUCCAAGGGAGGGAAUUCGGGUGCCAAAGGUGGAAUCUUGGAGGAUAAAAUUUCGAUCUUUAGAGAGGUUUUGAGUGCCAACAGGAGCGGCGAUUCGCUACCCUAUGGGCAUUUGAAGGUUGAUGGACACGGUAUGGAUAGCGCCGAUGUGGUGCAGAAAAGUUCUGGUGGUGGGAUUGGUGGGAGAAGGGAGAGGAUUAGGCAGGGAUUGGAGAGGGAGCUAUCUCCGGUGGAAUUGGAGGUGGAGGAUAUAUCAUAUCAACAUGCGGGCCAUGCUGGGGUUAGGGGGAAUAGUGAUGGAGAAACCCAUUUCAAUGUGAGGGUGGUAUCCAAAGAGUUUGAAGGGAAGAGUUUGGUGAAGAGGCACAGGCUUGUUUAUGACCUGUUGCAAGAGGAGUUGCAGACUGGAUUGCACGCCCUCUCCAUAGUUGCAAAGACUCCAUCCGAAGCCCAAUCCAGUUAGAUAUGCACUGAAUGGAACCAGGUUUUGUUACUUUGUUUUUUCAAUCCCCUCUCUUAAAUUAAUCAAACAUGAGCUUUACAAAGCAUAGAGACAUGCUGCAUCGUUUGUAUGCGUAGAUUUUCUUGUAAUCUACCUGAUUAUAAAACCAAUAAUCUUGCUGAUUAUAGAACCAAUGUUGGAAAAAAUUGAAUAUUUUGCGAGUUUAAAGUCUAGCUGUCUUAAUUUUUUCUCAAAAGAAUUUGUUUUCAAACUUGGUGAUUAGGUUUAUACCAUUAACUUCUAUUCAAACAUAUUAGUUAAGAAUAAAAGAUUGUACACUCAAUAUAGAAAACAGAUUAAAAGUUGGCUUCUUGGUUCAUCUGUUCUUUUGGUGUUAGUGUGGUGAAGAUAUAAAAAAGGAACUUAGAGAAUAAUUGCAAUAAGGGUUGUUGAUAGUUGUAAUGCUUAUUUCUGAUACUGACAUAUUCCACAGCUAUGAGUACUAUUGAACUCUAGAAUUUUUAUGGCUGGAUUGUUUAUAUGCUUUUUUGAGGAAAAUCAUUUAUAAACCAACUCAUGCUGGUGCCUUUGUUCUUAAGCUGAAGAGAAUGAAAGGAUUUCAUGGGAUUCUAGAUCCUCCGUUGUUAGCGUAGUAUUCCUGAUCAUCUUGGUAUGGAGGUCAAGGAAUUUCAACCACAAUUUUUAUCAUUUUCUCCUGUAACAUCAAAUUGCCUUGGACUCCAUACAUUAGAAUCAUGUGGAUCAGCUUUAAAGCAAUUUUACCAGUAUUCUUGUGUGCA